CAAUUUGCGCCACUGAUUCUCGUUUUCCUACCCAGUUAUAUUACAAGAAUGUCAGAACCAGUGACUCCAGGUAUUAGUGAACAGAUCAAAGAACCAGUGACUUCAGAUAAUAGUCAACAGUCCACAGAACCAGUGGCUGCAGAUAGCAGUCAACAGACCACAGAACAAAUUACUCCAGAUAGCAGUCAACAGACCACAGAACCAACCUCUCCAGGUAGCAGUCAACAGACCACAGAAGUUGCAGUGCAAGAAUCUAUUAUAACCACAGUACCAAUAACUGACAAAAAAGAACCGAGUCAAACAGAUGAACAACCCCCUUCUAAUGUGCAUGAUGAUGCAAGCAAGGCACUGCCAGAUUCCUCCAACCAGACUAUAGUGUAUAUCCCUCCUGACAUCAAUGUUGAGCCGGCAGUGAUUGAAAAACUCACGCUCGGGACACUGGAAAUGUUCUUGCCCAAUCUGCAGAAAGCUAAAUCUUCACUGAAUGAAGUAUUGCACAAUCAAGAAGUUUUGAUAGAAACGAUUCAGCAAGAGAAUGCUAAGUUCACAGAGUCUGCAGCUAUGCAAGAACUCCGAGAUACGAUGCUGCAAGCCAAAUCUUACCACAGCAAACUUGUCAAUUUAAAGAGGGAAAUGAAUGGUUUAAUGGACAAAUCAGUAAAACUAAAGCGAAGAGCUGUAAAACUGCAGCAGCAGAAGCAGAAAGAAGAUAUGAGCAGGGUGAUGCAGCGAGAACGGGAACUGGAACGCGAGCAGCUUCUGCAGGCCAAGGUUGCCAAACCCACGCAAACUUCACCACAAGGUCAGGGUCAAGGUCACACCCAGCAGGACACCCCCCCACAAGGACACACCUAGCCCAAUUAAAUGGCUUGUAGUGAUGCAUUGUAUGCUGUGAUAUAUUUGUUUUCCAUUCCAUUUUAUUCACAUUAAGGAAUAGUAUGUAUAAGAAAUUGUUUUGUGUAUGUACCAACCUGUAUUUGUAAAAUAAAAAACACUGCUCUUGCUUAAGGUAACACUCAGCGUUGUAAAGGAGCUUUGUAUGAGAGUAAUUUAUGUGAUCAUGUUUCAUGUUUGUUUCAGUUCAUUAUGUCUCCCCCUCUCUGGGGGAGACAUAUUGUUUUUGCCCUGUCCGUCAGUCCGGUAGUCCGUCAGUCCGUCCGUACGUCACACUUCGUUUCCGAUCGAUAACUGGAAAACCGCAUGACCUAGGAUCACCAAACUUGGUAGGGAGGUUGGUCGUGAGGUGUAGAGGAUCCCUAUUGUUUUUGGGGUCACUAGGUCAAAGGUCAAGGUCGCGGCGACCCCCAAUAUAAAAAACAUUUCUGCUCAAAAUCUUGAGAACGGUUUGACCUAGGUUCACCAAACUUGGUAGGGAGGUUGGUCGUGAGGUGUAGAGGAUCCCUAUUGUUUUUGGGGUCACUAGGUCAAAGGUCAAGGUCGCGGCGACCCCCAAUAUAAAAAACAUUUCUGCUCAAAAUCUUGAGAACGGUUUGACCUAGGUUCACCAAACUUGGUAGGGAGGUUGGUCAUGAGGUGUAGAAGAUCCCUAUUGUUUUUGGGGUCACUAGGUCAAAGGUCAAGGUCGCGGCGACCCCCUAUGUAAAAAACAUUUCCGCUCAAUAUCUUGAGAAUGGUUUGACCUAGGUUCACCAAACUUGGUAGGGAGGUUGAUCAUGAGGUUUAGAAAACUCCUAUAUUUUGGGGGGUCACAAGGUCAAAGGUCAACGUCGCUGUGACCUCUAAUGUAAAAAAAUAUUUCCGUGCAAUAUCAGGAGAAUGCUUUGAUCUAGGUUCACCAAACUUUGAAGUGAGGUUGGUCAUGAUGUCUAGUUGAUUUUGCGAUCAGUUGGUCAAAGGUCAAGGUCACUGACCUUGAGGUGAAGAACCGGUUUCUGCUCAAUAACUCAAGAACGUUUACACCCAGGAACUUCAUACUUGGUAUGCCAGUUAGUCAUGACUAGUUGAUGGCCCCUAUUGAUUUUGGGAUCAGAAGGUCAAAGAUGAAGGUCACAAUACUGUGAGGUAAAAAAUGGUUUCGGCUCAAUAACUAAAGAAUGCUUCCACCCAGGAACUUAAUACCUGGUAUGCCAGUUGAUCAUGAUUUCAUGUCCAUCAUUGAUUAUUUCUCACCUACGACCACACAAUGGGGGAGACAUGCGCUUUUUCAAAAAAGCAAUCUCUAGUUGUUUAAGUGUUUUUUUAAUAUCUUUGUAUGUUCCAAAAGGAGGGAAUAUUGAUAUUGCACCAUUUGUCUAUGGGUAACUGUGUGUCCAUCUGGCAUUGUUAAGCGUUAUGUUCUGGGUCAUCUUUUUCACUUACUUUAAAGGCUAUUACUUUAAAUUUCAUAAUUUCUUGGCACUAUUAGUGCAACAAUUUGCAUAUGGAACUCAAUAUCCUAUAAGUAGAUUUAUAGACCUUUAAACACUGAGAAAUUGGCCAGUCACAAGUUGUCAAUCAAUAAUAGGAAUAUAUUUGUAAAUAAAUGGAAGCACAUGUUUUCAUUAUCAAAUGGAUUAACUGAAAAAUCUCCCCAAAUGAUCAAUCUCCCCAAAUGAUCUUGGCAAGUUGUAAUAAUGACUGUGGUAAAUUGUCAACUCUUUAAAUAAAUAUUGUGGUGUUUUUUUUUAAUGUUUUAUAUAGGUUUAAUGCUUGACUCUAUUUAUAUAUAAAAGCUGUUGCCUUCCAAUUUACACAUUUUGCGCCGUGAUAUAUUUUGUUGAACAAGAUGCAUUAUUCUAUUACAGUUCUUAGCCAUCAUAAGUGGAGUGCAUAUACUAGAACUGGUAAAUAUGCAUAAACCUAGAUGCUUUGGUGCAGAUUUAAGGGACAAAUAGCUACCUGUAUCUUGGUAUCUUGGUCCGUUAGAGGACAUUUAUCACAUCCCUGUGAGACUGAGAUGGUUUUCAUUAUCUCCUGUUUGUGCAAUAUACUGUAAUGCUUUAUUGCAUCAUUUUAUUGGAAUGUGUGUGAUCUGUCAAUAAUUUUAUCAUAUUAAGAAAUAAAGAUGGGUGAACUAA